CGCUUUAAGUUUUGCUGCGGUGCGGUCGAUCAAUAAUAAACUAUCUCGUGCGUGUUUCGAAAAAUUUAAUUUGUUGAUUAAGUGUAUUAAUAAAUUAAAAUAUCUAUUAUAUAUUAAGCAUAAAGUAUUAACACAUAAUUUAAUUUUGUAUUUCUGAGUAAUAUUAAUAGUGUUAAGUGUUUCUCUUUUACGACUCUAUUGAGUAUGCAUUUAAAUUAAUUUUUCAUUUUUUUGUGUUUUUGUUGAAUAUUUAAUACUUUAAGUAAUUAAAACGACCUUAGCGAUAAAAUUAAAAAACGACUGUGAACACAGAUUCAUAUGCUUUGAAGAAAUAAUUCCAAAAAAAAAAGAUAAAAAUAAUACUAAAAUAUUCGGGUGAAGUUAGUGUAUGAAAUUCAUAAAAAAAUUUUAUUUUUAAAACGAAAUUACGUCAUUUUUGUACAAGUAAUAAAGAAAAAGCUAAAAUAAUGGUGUCUAAAAAUAAUAAUAAAAAGAAACAGUUAAAAGUUACUAGCAGCAGCAGCAGCGGUGGCGAGGCGGUGAUUGAGAGAAAUACCACAAAAAACACGUCAAUAAAACCAGUCAAAACGCAACAACAACAGCAGCAAGAUUUGGUCACAUCAUCACAAUCAACAAGCGGCGCUACACAGGCGCAUAUGAAGUCCCAAACACAGAUGGAGUCUCACAGUGAGGAGAUUUCAGAAUCAAUGCAAGCUUAUAGCAGUGUGGGCGGUGUGAGCAGUGGUAAUGUUGCAAGUAUGGAGGAAUUCGAAAGUAGUAAAUCGAGCAAGCAAAAUAUAACAGAAAGUAAAACAAAAAAUUCAUCCAUGUAUUCAACAAAAUCUCAACACUAUAAACAGAUCUCCAAUGACUUUUCCAAUGAGAAAAUCAUAUCGUCCAUCGAUCUUAUUGAAUGUGAAAAAGGGGAACCGGUCUUUUCCGUACCGAUCGAUGUAAUCGAGAUCGGCGCUAGCACUAGCAGCAGCAGCAUGAAGAAAAUGAUGUACUCUUCGUCAUCAUCAUCCCAAACACAGGCAAUGGCUAGCAGCUCAACACUCAUACAUUCCGAAUCAACAGGUAGCAAUGCCGGCGUCAGUAAUGAAAUCGAAAUAAUUUGGCCGCAAGAAAUUACAAAUAAAAUGACAUCAUCAUCAUCAACAUCAACAUCAACACUAAAAACAACUGACCAAGCGAACCUUGUCACCAGUAGUCAAAGUGCGAAUGUUGAUUUUGCGCAGGUUGACGCUGCAGCCACACCAAAUAUGUCCAAAUUGCCAAUACAAAUAAGUGGUGGUGGUGAUGUAUCGUCAUCCGUGACGUCAUCAACUUUACAAACAACUGAUGCAAACAAUACGACGAAUACAUUAUCAAAACAAAGUCAUAUAAACCAGACUAACAGCAGCAGCAGCAGCAGCAAUACCAACAGCAACAAGCUCAAGACCACAACGAGCAACACGCAAAUUUCGGAGAGCGCUUCGAAGCAGAGCAGUACAAGAGAAACGAAAUCAAUUUCGAAAAAAGAGAUUUACGAUGAAAAGACAAAAACAUGGACUGAGUAUAAUACGAAGAGCGCAACAAAUAAGAGAGUGCCAACACUAGAACGUUAUGUGAGUCGUGAAUCCGAUGGCACAUAUAAAAUAACAUAUAAGAAAAAAAUUUACGAUCAACGCAAUAACAAAUGGAAAAUAAUUGAAGAGAAAACUGUUGAUAGCGCUCAUGAUACUGGUUACCCCGAAAUAGUCGAUGAUGUCAUUAAUACAACGACAACAACAUAUACGACAAAAGUCUACGAUACUAAACUUGGUACGUGGAAGGUUGUUGAUGAGAAGUCGUUCGUUGAUACAAAAGCAUUUGUACCAAACGAAAUCGUACAAGAGAUCGAAAAAGAUAACACCGAUGUUGCGAAUAUCACAACAACAACUGAAGUGACCAAGAUUUUCGAUGCAAGUAUUAAUGACUGGCGAGUCUUAGAUGAAAAGACCCACACCGACGUUUUAGAGAAAAUUGUGGAAACUCCAAAAAAGACAAUAUAUAUUGAUGAGUUUGUUGAAAUAGAACGAAACAAUGCUCUUGUUGAGGAUAUUAAUAGCUCACUAUACAAAAAAAACGAAACUCGAAAUGAAAAACUGAUCACAAAGGAUAUUUAUGAUGAAACCGAUACGUUUGUAAACGAUUCAAAAUCAAAGAGAAUCGCAAAACAAUCAACCCAUAAGGAUAAUCGACACACGGAAAUGUGUAUAUGUGAAAUUUGCACAUGCGGGCGACAUCAUUGUGCUGGUACUGAAACUAAAAAAUCCACAAGUGACUAUCUCGAUACUCAAGACACAACUUUUGAAACCCAAACUAGGAUACGCACAAAUACGUGGUCCAAAUCAGACUUGGAGGAACUUAGAGAAUCUCAUAGAAAAGACACAAAAUACAUUCCAGAGCAUAAAAAUGACAAUUACAUAAUACGAGCAACACCAGUUAAACCUAUAGACAAUUUAAAACAAGAAGGCGAAUUUUAUGUACCUGAAAAACCAACAUUUAAGACCGCUGAAAAGAUCCAACAAAUUAUUCGUAAGGAUAAUCUAACAUUAGAAGGUGAAAUGACUUUCGUUGAAAACGCAGAAUAUCAAUACACAAGUAGACCACAGCAAAUAAAACCAACUGACAACUUACGUUCUGAAGGUGAAUUCUAUAUGCCAGAUAAAGUUGGAUAUAUACCAGCAGAUAGAACAAGUCCAAUUAGGCACAAAGACAACUUAAAAACCGAAGGUGAAUUCUACACAUCUGAGAAAACAGAAUAUCAGCAAGCAGAAAAAAUAGAGCGUGUUAUAAGAAAAGACAAUCUUAAAUCAGAAGGAGAAAUGACUUUUACAGAAAAGGAGAAAUACACAUAUGUUACACGUCCUGAACAAAUAAAAUAUACAGACAAUCUUAAACCGGAAGGCGAGUUUUACAAACCAGAUAAGCAUGAAUACAAGCCAGCUGAUCGACCAACUCAAAAGAAACCUGAAGACAAUCUACGUCCCGAGGGAGAAUUUUACGGUCCUGAAAAACCGAAAUAUAGACCAGGUGAAAGACCAACACAAGUUAAACAUGAUGACAACCUCAAACCUGAAGGCGAGUUUUAUGCUCCCGAAAAACCGAAAUACAAACCGGGUGAAAGACCAACCGCAGUAAGACCUGACGACAAUUUACGGCCAGAAGGAGAGUUUUAUACCCCAGAUAAAUCUAUAUUUAAACCUGCAGAGCGACCUCUUCAAAAGAAACCGAAAGACAAUUUGCGGCCUGAAGGAGAAUUUUAUGGACCAGAAAAACCGACAUACAGAUCAGGCGAACGUCCGGAGCAAGUACGUCAUGAUGACAACUUGCGCCCAGAAGGCGAGUUCUAUACACCAGAGAAACCAACAUUUAAACCAGCCGAGCGUCCCAUUCAAAAAAAACCCGAAGAUAAUUUGCGGCCAGAAGGCGAAUUUUACACACCUGAAAAAUCAAAAUAUAGACCAGGUGAAAGACCAAUUCAAGUUCGGCACGAUGAUAAUCUUAAACCUGAAGGCGAAUUUUACGCUCCAGAAAAAACAAAAUAUAAACCUGGAGAAAGACCAACUCAGGUUCGACCAGAUGAUAACCUUAAACCUGAAGGUGAAUUCUAUGUUCCUGAAAAAACACAAUUCAAGCCCGCAGAGAAAACACAACGAGUUAUUCGUAAAGAUAAUUUGAAGACAGAAGGUGAAAUGACAUUCGUUGAGAGGGAAGAAUAUCAAUAUGUUAUCAGACCAGAACAAGUAAAACCAACUGAUAACUUAAAGCCUGAAGGAAAAUUCUAUACACCAGAUAAAGUUGAUUUUGAACCUGCUGAGAGACCUGUCCAAAAGAAACACAAAGACAAUUUACGACCGGAAGGUGAAUUCUACACUCCUGAGAAACCGACAUACAAACCAGGUGAAAGACCAACUCAAGUUCGUCCCGAUGAUAAUCUCAAACCUGAAGGUGAAUUCUAUGCUCCAGAAAAACUAAAAUAUAAACCAGGUGAGAGACCAACUCAAGUUCGACCAGAUGACAAUCUACGUCCUGAAGGUGAAUUCUAUACACCAGAGAAACCAACGUAUAAGCCGGCUGAACGUCCCAUUCAAAAGAAACCAGAAGAUAACUUGCGGCCAGAAGGUGAAUUUCAUAGUCCAGAAAAACCAAAAUAUAGACCAGGUGAAAGACCAACUCAAAUUCAACAUGAUGAUAAUCUCAAACCUGAAGGCGAGUUCUAUGCUCCAGAAAAACCAAAAUAUAAACCCGGUGAAAGACCGACACAAGUUCGACCUGAUGAUAAUCUCAAGCCUGAAGGUGAAUUUUAUGCUCCAGAAAAAUCAAAAUAUAAACCUGGAGAAAGACCAACUCAAGUUCGACCCGAAGAUAAUCUUAAACCUGAAGGUGAAUUCUAUGUUCCAGAAAAAACACAAUUCAAACCCGCAGAGAAAACACAACGAGUUAUUCGUAAAGAUAAUUUGAAGACAGAAGGUGAAAUGACAUUCGUUGAGAGGGAAGAAUAUCAAUAUGUUAUCAGACCAGAACAAGUAAAACCCACUGAUAACUUAAAGCCUGAAGGAAAAUUCUAUGCACCAGAUAAAGUUGAUUUUGAACCAGCUGAGCGACCUGCACAAAAGAAACACAAAGACAACUUACGACCAGAAGGUGAAUUUUACACUCCAGAAAAAUCGAAAUACAAACCAGGUGAGAGACCAACUCAAAUUCGACAUGAUGACAAUCUCAAACCUGAAGGCGAGUUCUAUGUUCCAGAAAAACCAACAUAUAAGCCCGGUGAGAGACCAACUCAAGUUCGACCAGAUGACAAUCUACGUCCUGAAGGUGAAUUCUAUAUACCGGAGAAACCAACGUUUAAGCCGGCUGAACGUCCCAUUCAAAAGAAACCCGAAGAUAACUUGCGGCCAGAGGGUGAGUUUCAUAGUCCCGAAAAACCAAAAUAUAGACCAGGUGAAAGACCAACUCAAGUUCGACCUGAUGAUAAUCUCAAACCUGAAGGCGAGUUUUAUACUCCAGAAAAACCAAAAUAUAAACCUGGAGAAAGACCAACUCAAGUUCGACCAGAUGAUAAUCUUAAACCUGAAGGUGAAUUCUAUGUUCCCGAAAAAACACAAUUCAAGCCCGCAGAGAAAACACAACGAGUUAUUCGUAAAGAUAAUUUGAAGACAGAAGGUGAAAUGACAUUCGUUGAGAGGGAAGAAUAUCAAUAUGUAGUCAGACCAGAACAAGUAAAACCAACUGAUAACUUAAAGCCUGAAGGAAAAUUCUAUGCACCAGAUAAAGUUGAUUUUGAACCUGCUGAGAGACCUGUCCAAAAGAAACCAGAAGACAAUUUACGACCAGAAGGUGAAUUCUACACUCCAGAAAAACCGAAAUACAAACCAGGUGAAAGGCCAACUCAAGUUCGGCCUGAUGACAAUCUCAAACCUGAAGGCGAGUUCUAUGCUCCAGAAAAACCAACAUACAAGCCCGGUGAAAGACCAACUCAAGUUCGACCUGAUGACAACCUACGUCCUGAAGGUGAAUUCUAUACACCGGAGAAGCCAACGUUUAAGCCGGCUGAACGUCCCAUUCAAAAGAAACCCGAAGAUAACUUGCGGCCAGAGGGUGAGUUUCAUAGUCCCGAAAAACCAAAAUAUAGACCAGGUGAAAGACCAACUCAAAUUCGACCAGAUGACAAUCUCAAACCUGAAGGCGAGUUCUAUGCUCCAGAAAAACCAAAAUAUAAACCCGGUGAAAGACCAACUCAAGUCCGACCUGAUGACAACCUCAAACCUGAAGGUGAAUUUUAUACUCCGGAAAAACCAAAGUAUAAACCAGGUGAAAGACCGACACAAGUUCGACCUGAUGAUAAUCUGAAACCUGAAGGCGAGUUCUAUGUUCCAGAGAAAACACAAUUCAAGCCCGCAGAGAAAACACAACGAGUUAUUCGUAAAGAUAAUUUGAAGACAGAAGGUGAAAUGACAUUCGUUGAGAGGGAAGAAUAUCAAUAUGUUAUCAGACCAGAACAAGUAAAACCAACUGAUAACUUAAAGCCUGAAGGAAAAUUCUAUACACCAGAUAAAGUUGAUUUUGAACCUGCUGAGAGACCUGUCCAAAAGAAACACAAAGACAAUUUACGACCAGAAGGUGAAUUCUACACUCCAGAAAAACCGAUAUACAAACCAGUUGAAAGACCAACACAAGUUCGUCCCGAUGAUAAUCUUCGACCAGAAGGUGAGUUCUACACUCCAGAAAAACCAAAAUAUAAACCCGGUGAAAGACCAACUCAAGUUCGACCUGAUGACAACCUCAAACCUGAAGGUGAAUUUUACACUCCCGAAAAACCUAAAUAUAAACCUGGAGAAAGACCAACUCAAAUUCGACCUGAUGAUAAUCUCAAACCAGAAGGUAAGUUCUAUGUCCCAGAAAAACUGAAGUAUAAGCCUGGUGAAAGACCAACUCAAGUUCGACCCGAUGACAACCUACGUCCUGAGGGUGAAUUCUAUACACCAGAGAAACCAACAUUUAAACCAGCCGAGCGUCCCAUUCAAAAGAAACCCGAAGAUAACUUGCGGCCAGAGGGUGAGUUUCAUAGUCCCGAAAAACCAAAAUAUAGACCAGGUGAAAGACCAACUCAAGUUCGACCUGAUGAUAAUCUCAAACCUGAAGGCGAGUUCUAUGCUCCAGAAAAACCAAAAUAUAAACCUGGUGAGAGACCAACUCAAGUUCGACCUGAUGACAACCUCAAACCUGAAGGUGAAUUCUAUGCUCCAGAAAAACUAAAAUAUAAACCAGGUGAAAGACCAACUCAAGUUCGACCAGAUGAUAAUCUUAAACCUGAAGGUGAAUUCUAUACACCGGAGAAACCAACGUUUAAGCCGGCUGAACGUCCCAUUCAAAAGAAACCCGAAGAUAAUUUGCGGCCAGAGGGUGAGUUUCAUAGUCCCGAAAAACCAAAAUAUAGACCAGGUGAAAGACCAACUCAAGUUCGACCUGAUGAUAAUCUCAAACCUGAAGGCGAGUUUUAUACUCCAGAAAAACCAAAAUAUAAACCUGGAGAAAGACCAACUCAAGUUCGACCAGAUGAUAAUCUUAAACCUGAAGGUGAAUUCUAUGUUCCAGAAAAAACACAAUUCAAGCCCGCAGAGAAAACACAACGAGUUAUUCGUAAAGAUAAUUUGAAGACAGAAGGUGAAAUGACAUUCGUUGAAAGGGAAGAAUAUCAAUAUGUAGUCAGACCAGAACAAGUAAAACCAACUGAUAACUUAAAGCCUGAAGGAAAAUUCUAUGCACCAGAUAAAGUUGAUUUUGAACCUGCUGAGCGACCUGUCCAAAAGAAACACAAAGACAAUUUACGACCAGAAGGUGAAUUCUACACUCCAGAAAAACCAAAAUAUAAGCCGGGUGAGAGACCAACUCAAGUUCGACCAGAUGACAACCUCAAACCUGAAGGCGAGUUCUAUGCUCCAGAAAAACUAAAAUAUAAGCCCGGUGAAAGGCCAACACAAGUUCGACCUGAUGAUAAUCUCAAACCUGAAGGUGAGUUCUACUCUCCAGAAAAAGCAAAGUUUAAACCUGCUGAAAAAAUACAACGAAUUAUUCAUAAAGAUAAUUUGAAGACAGAAGGUGAAAUGACAUUUGUUGAAAGGGAUGAAUAUCAAUAUGUAGUCAGACCAGAGCAAGUAAAACCAACUGAUAACUUAAAGCCUGAAGGGAAAUUCUAUACACCUGAUAAAACUGAUUUUAAACCUGCUGAGCGACCGGUCCAGAAAAAACCAGAAGACAACUUGCGACCAGAAGGUGAUUUGUUUAUACCAGGUAAAUCGCAGUACCGACCUGCUGAGAAGACUAAGAAGGUUAUUCAUAAGGAUAAUCUACGAACCGAAGGUGAAAUGACAUUUAUCGAGAAAGACGAGUAUCAGUUUACUAUUCGGCCGAAUCAAAUUAAACCAAGCGAUAAUUUAAAACCAGAAGGCGUAUUUUAUACUCCACAAAAAUCUGACUUCAAGCCCGCAGAGCGUCCUAUUCCAAAAAUACCUGAGGAUAAUUUACGUCCUGAAGGUCAAUUUUAUGGCCCUGCAAAGCCGGAAUACAAACCUGGAGAGAGGCCAACACCUGUUAAACAUGAUGAUAAUUUGAAACCUGAAGGAGAUUUUUAUGUUCCGGAAAGAACUCAACAUAAGCCUGCUGAAAAAGCUCAGCGUGUUAUACGAAAGGAUAAUUUGAAAACAGAAGGUGAUAUGACUUUCAUUGAAAAGGAAAAAUAUCAGUUCACUGUACGACCAGAACAAGUGAUUCCAGCGGAUAAUUUGAGACCUGAAGGUGAAAUUUGUGUUCCUGAAAAGCCGUCAUUUAAGCCAGCUACUAAAACUGAAAGAAUUAUACAUAAAGAUAAUUUGAAAGUUGAGGGUGAAAUGAUUUUCACCACGAAAGAUGAAUAUAUGUUUGUAGAAAAACAGAAGCCAGUAAAGCAUACAGACAAUUUGAAACCUGAGGGUGAAUUUUACUCUCCUACCAAAACAGUAUAUCGUGCAGCAGACCGUCCCGUUCAAAAGAAACCAAAAGAUAAUUUAAAAUCCGAAGGUAGUUUUUAUGUUCCUGAAAAGACUUCAUUUAAAACUGCAUCAAAAUCAGAGCGAAUAAUUCAUAAAGACAAUUUGAAAAUGGAAGGAGAUAUGUCUUUUACGCAAAAAGAAAGCUAUAAAUACGUGAAAAGACCGCAACAAGUAAAACCUACUGAUAAUUUGAAAUCUGAGGGCGAGUUUUACAGUCCAGAUAGUACGAAAUAUGUACCAGCAGAACGACCUCAAGUUAAAAAGCCUGUUGAUAACUUAAAAAGUGAGGGUGAUUUUUAUAGAAUAGAUGAUAAGAAAACAACUAGAAAAAUAACUGCAAGUGACAACGUUGUAAAGGAUAGAACCGAAAGAAUUAUUCCAAAAAAACCUACAGACAACUUAAAAUUGGAAGGUACCAUGGAUAUGCAAAGGAGAGAAGAUUUCAAAUCUACAAACACCAUUACAAAGACAUCUCAAACAGUCUCUAAAAUUAAACAAACUCACAAUGCUUCUUCGAUAAACUUAGGAAGUGAUCAAUCUAUACUUAAGACAACUAACCAAAUGAGUUUUGCUUCUGGUAAAAAUACAAACGUCACAAAUGGAAAUACGAAAUCUCCAGCGGACGGCUUGAUAGUUGUAUCUACAAAGAAGGUAACGACUGUUAUAGGGAGCCGCAAUAAGAAGGAACCGGAAACUGAAUUUGUAAAGCGAAAUGAAAAGGUAAAUAUAAUCGAAAAUACUACAAAAUCGACUAACGCGACAAAGACUAUUAAUAUUGAAAAUAAGCACAGUGAUAUUGUGUCAGUAAAGGAAAAUCAUGUAACACGUGCUAAUCAGAGAAGCAUAACUGAUCAACGUGAUAGUUUAGGAACAAUAAUAGCGAAUGUUGCAACACAAAAUACUGUUUCCAAUAAUGAAUGCAAAAAUGUAUCUAAUGUCUCAAAUAUGACACAUUUAUCCAAUGUUUCAAAAGUAUCCAAUAUUUCAAAUGUGUCCAAUGUUUCAAAUGCAUCCAAUAUUUCUUCUUCAAAACAGUACCAUCACCGCAAAGGUGAGCUUUCCAGCGAAUCGGAUAUAACUAACUCCAUUUUUCAUCGUAAGAAUGUAUCAACUGACUCGAAUCAAUUUGGUGGUCUAUCAUCAAAUGGAAAAAUUCACCGUAAGAGUAUUCUAAAUUUGCACGAACAUUCCAUUGGUGGCAUUCCAAGCGAAAGAAAAAGUUAUAGCAGCAUACACAGGCAAAACAAAGAGUUAGAUUCUUGUUUAUCAACAUCUUCGAAUGAACGUCAAACUUAUAAUGUUGCACACAAAUCGUAUGAUGCUAAAUCAGCAUCUUCGGCAUCAUCAUCAACGAUGACUCGUAUUAUAACUGGCGAAUAUGCAUUACCAUCAACCACACGUACAGAACGCAUAAUUACUCGAAGGAAUGGUGGUCAAUCUUCUUUUACCCUCGGGUCUGAUACGGCAACAUCUUCAAGUCUUUACAAAAGCGAAUAUAAAGGACCUGCUUCAACAACAUGUGCUAUACACAAAAUCCAGCAAGGUGCCUAUCAACAUACCCGAGAUACAAAAGAUCAUAAGUUCUUCAAAAGUUCUAAAUAGUGUCUAAGUCUAAACAAUUAACUAUAAUAUAUAUAUAGCCAUCGCACGAUUUUCUACAUUUUUAAUAUAAUAUCCUUUCUGUAAAUUUCAGAGAAUGUAAACUUAAUACAUGAAACAUAUAAUUACUAACCAUUUUUUGAAUAAUUCUAAUAAAAAUAUUUUUAAAU